CGGAAGGAGAAGCCGUGACUCUGGCUAUAUGGUGGGGCGCUGGCGGUGUUGCUGUGGGGAGCAGGUGCUGCUCUCAGAUGUUUUCUUCCAAUGGGCUUUUGGUAUAAGAUGUCGGAGAACCAAGAGCAGGAGGAGGUGAUCACAGUGCGUGUUCAAGACCCCCGCGUGCAGAAUGAGGGCUCCUGGAAUUCUUAUGUGGAUUAUAAGAUAUUCCUCCAUACCAACAGCAAGGCCUUUACUGCCAAGACUUCCUGUGUGCGGCGCCGCUACCGUGAGUUUGUGUGGCUGAGAAAGCAACUACAGAGAAACGCUGGUUUGGUCCCUGUACCUGAACUUCCUGGGAAGUCGGCCUUCUUUGGCAGCUCCGAUGAGUUCAUUGAGAAACGACGACAAGGUCUGCAGCACUUCCUGGAAAAGGUCCUGCAGAGUGUGGUCCUUCUGUCAGACAGCCAGCUGCACCUCUUCCUGCAAAGCCAGCUCUCAGUGCCCGAGAUAGAAGCCUGUGUCCAGGGCCGAAGCCCCAUGACUGUUUCUGAUGCCAUUCUUCACUAUGCUAUGUCAAACUGUGGCUGGGUCCAGGAGGAGAGACAGAGCUCUUCUCACCUGGCUAAAGGAGAUCAGCCUAAGAGUUGCUGCUUUCUUCCAAGAUCACGUAGGAAGAGCUCUCCCUCACCACCUCCCAGUGAAGAAAAGGAUGAUUUAGAAGUCUGGGCUCCUGUUGUUGACUCUGAGGUUCCUUCUUUGAAAAGUCCCACUCUCCCACCCCUCUCCUCACUGUCAUGCUGUGAUUUUGCAAGAUCUGAUGAGUCCACUUCUCAGUCUGUGAGGAGGGUCGUGGGAGGGGACCACACUGUGCCUUUGGACCCUGGUCAGUUAGAAACAGUUUUGGAAAAGUGAGCACUGGUCUGAGCUCUGUGUUCUGUUCCAACGCAGAUGGAGAAGACACAGGCCAGGAGACUUAGGUGGGAGUGGGCACAAGGCAGAUGUAGGGGAAGCCAGGCUGCAGUUGCCUCUGCUCAGGUUAGUUGCACAGAAGUGGGUCAUGACAGCUCCUCAUGCCUCUUCCAUAGGAAUGAACACUGUGCAGAUGUUUGUAAGUUAAGCAUAAGGCCCAGGGGCUCUUCCUUUUGCACAGAACCCCAUAUGUACUCUCUUGGGUGCUGAGUUUCUUCGGGUGUUUGUUUAUAGUCCCAGGAGCACUGCCACAGGUGACUAGUUUUGGGGACCUGUAAGUGGCAGAUUCUAAGCUGCCAUAUUGAAUAUUGUCCCAACAGGAAUGCUUACGUAGUUAUAUUCCCAUCUUGGCUGGCUUCUGUUUUUGCAGUCCCUGGAGCACUUUGUUUCUGGGAUGCUGGCCUCCUGUACACCUCAUUGCAUGGACAGGGUGGUGAAUAUUUAGUCUCCCACCUCCUUGUUUUUUUCUCCGCUAAUACCACUGUACUCAACUGGUGUUGUGACUCCUGUUGCUGGAGUUUCCAGCACAUCCAAGUCCUCAGCCUGGCUGAGUGGGGCCUGAGACCCAGUAACAGCUCAUGGCCGUACAUGAGAGAGAAAUGGUUAGCCACAGCCAGAGGGAAAGGCAACAGCUCAGAGGGCUUUGUUUUGGAAAAGGCCGUCCUGGGCUGUCACUGUCUUUUCUGGUUAUAAAGCAGGGUCAUGGCUAUCUUUUCUGCAGGGUUAGAGUGGGCUCCUUUUUUUUGAAUCCUUUUCUUCUCCUUUAGUAACAGUCCCAUACCCCUAGGGCUUCAGCCACCAUAGUGUGCCUCUGCUAUGUUGCAAGGAGGCCGUAUGUUCAGUCCAGCAGGGCGCAAGGGCUUUGUUUCUGCCUGGAAGAGAGGGCUCUGGGGAUGGAGAUGAGGAACCACAUGCCUUCCUUCAGACAAUGAGGCAUUGUGCCCUCCUGCUGCCAUAAUUCCUCUCCACUGAGAGCCUGCGCUGGCAAGAGCCGAGUGCUGUAGGCAGCCUGCAUCGCUCUGCUCUUAGGGGUAUGUGUGUGGCUCGUCCCCCUCUCGCCCACUCCUCCCUCCUCUGUCCAUCCCACCCUGUCUGUGGGCUCUUACUACCAGCCUAUGCUGUGGGACUGUCAUGGCAUUUAGUUCAGAGUUAGGGGCUUUGGCCUGAAAUAAAACGCAAGUAUUUAAGA